GACAGUAGUGAGGCAUCAGAUGGAGCUGGCCCCUGGGAUGAAGAAGUCACAAAGUGGUGGGGAGAGUGGAGCUCCUGGUCCACCUGCUCCCGGUCCUGUGGGGGAGGCGUGAUGUCCCAGGAGAGGCAUUGCUUGCGACAGAGGCUCCAGAUGCCCCAGGGAACAAACAGCACUAUGUGUGUUGGUCAAGCCAAGCACUACCAACUGUGCCAGCAGCAGCCCUGCCCAGCCAACACGGCAAGCUUCAAACAGCAGCAGUGCUCCAGCUUCAAUGCCAAAGCCUUUGGGAAGCGCUACUACCACUGGAUGCCCCUCUAUCCAGAUGACUACACCAGUAUCUCCAACAAGCCAUGUGACCUCCAGUGCACCACCCGGAGUGGAGAGAGGCAGCUGAUGGCCCGAGCACAGGAUGGUACCUCCUGCAAGGACAGGACCUAUCAAGGGGUCUGCAUCAAUGGGAAGUGUGAGCCAGUUGGGUGCGAUGGGAGCCUGUACUCGCCCCGGACGAUGGACAGAUGCAGGGUGUGUGGAGGGGACGGCAGCACUUGCCACCGUGUCUCGGGCAGCUUCCGAAAGGCAAUCUCACAGAUAGGUUAUGUGUUCAUCACCAACAUCCCUGCUGGUGCCACGGACAUCCUCAUCAUUGAGCGCAGGAAAACAGAAAACAUCCUAGCACUUGCAGAUGAAUCCGGGCAUUUCUUCUUCAACGGCAACUCUGCCAUUGACAAUCCCCAGAACUUCAGGGUAGCUGGCACCAUCUUCAAGUAUCGGCGGCCCUCGAGCCUGAACUCAGACGGGCUGGAGUAUAUCAUGGCUCACGGGCCCACUAACCAGUCUCUGAACGCCAUGUACUAUAAUUUUAAUGGGAAAAUGCCACACAUAACUUAUGACUACACUGUACCACGGACACCACCUCUCCAGACUGCAGCCCCUGUUGUAGACCAACCUCUCUAUCAUCACCUACUGGAGACCAGCCAGGACCAUCCCAUUCCAGCCAACUCCAGAGCUGCCCAGGACUUCAAUGCCACAUGGCUCUCCCUGUCACCAGAUGACGCCAGUGAACAGCUUCCUCUAAGAGAAGAGAAUGAAGAUUUAGGCUUCGGCCACCCACGCUUCUUCCGGACCAACUCCACCAGUCAGACUCGGGAGUGGGGCUGGGAACAAGGUGAAGAGAAGAAGUAUGACUUCCAGAUAAGACAUGUCUACCAUGCAGACACAGGAGAGGAAGAGGAGGAGGAAGCAGCAGCAAUUGGUGGAGAAACAGAGUUGGCUCUCAGGUUCAAUCAAAUUCCCAUCAGCACAGCUGUACCCUACAGCAUGAGGAGACCUGAGCUCCUGGAGAACGGCCGCGUAGCGUCCUCCAGGCUGCGUCUCUUCCGGCGGUUGUGUCACCGAGACCCACACAAUGCUGCCUUCUGCAGGGAGCUGCAGCACCUGGCAGCCAGGCUGGCCCCGAGGAACUCCACAGCAGGACUAUGGACUGAGGCAGCUGCCCGCUGGCCACAGGGCCUUCACAAAGCGCUGGCUCCUAACUCACUGGAGGACUUGAAGAUGGAGCCAUUUGCUGGGGGUCGAGGGGAAGCCGCCAACUACAGCACGAUGGGAUCUGUGGAGAGCCCUCUGAUAGGUGCCAGCCCAACUGUGGACAUCAGCCGGCCAAAGCCUCUGCAAGCCCCUGGCACUGAAAGCAAUGAGUUUGAUGUGAGCCCCGUGGGCCGUGACGACAUCAGCUUGGCUGACAUGUAUCGGUGGAAAGUCUCAGCUUAUGCUCCCUGCAGCUCCACGUGCACUUCAGGUAUCAGCACUUCGUACGCGAUGUGUGUGCGGUACGAUGGAGUGGAAGUGGAUGAAACGUACUGUGAUGCCCUAACCCGACCAGAACCUACUCAUGAAUUUUGCACAGGGAGAGAUUGCCAGCCUAGGUGGGAGACCAGCCGGUGGAGUGAGUGCUCCAGGACCUGCGGCGAGGGCUAUCAGUACCGCACCGUGCGCUGCUGGAAGAUGCUGGCUCCAGGCUUUGACAGCUCCGUUUACGACGACCUCUGUGAGUCAGCUGGGCUGGCCAGGCCCAUGGAGAGGAAAGCCUGCAAGAACAAGGCCUGUGGGCCCCAGUGGGAGCUCUCCGAGUGGUCUGAGUGCUCGGCCCGCUGCGGCGCGGAGGGGACGAUGAAGCGGGAGGUGCGCUGCUCG